AUGACAACGAGAUUGGUGCUGCGUGGUGUCUCUGUUGUGGGCAGCAAUCCCGCGCCGUUUACCGACCCCAUUGUGCUGAAGGUUGUCUUGGAGGUGUUUGAGAAGCCGCCUGCUCACGCAAUAGAUGUAAAGUUCAUGUGGAAGCCGAUCUGGGACUUUCCAGUGGACCAAGAACUCGACGAGUUUGAGGUCGGCCCACUCGCUACACUGGGGAGACAUGAACUGACGCUUCAGAGCGACCCGCCCGACUUUGCACGGAUUCCCGAUCCGACGGGACCAACGGCGUUGAUCGUCUCCUUCACGUACGAGGGGAGGGAGUUUCUGCACUUGGGCUACAAUGCCGUGGUGACCUGCGAGGGUGAGAUGCCAGACGUGUUUGAGACCGCGGAGCCCUUGCGGCGUCAUCUUGCGCAGUGCUUUCCGAGGCAACUGGCAAUUGUGUGGGAUGAGAAUGCCGGGGAUGCCGUGAACGACGGUGCCGGUGAUGGUGGCAGCAAGAGCCACAGCGAGGCUAAAGCGGAUGAUUCUGGCGAUGAGGAUAAAGACGAGGAUGAGGCUGCCAGGGGAGAAUGCGCCUCCGACAGCGAUAACGGGGAGCCGCCACUCAAGAGGCCCAAAACGUAG